CACAAUGCUUUCCGGGAGCUCGUGCAGUCCUACAAUAAGCUGUUGGAAAAGUCAGUUUUUCUGAAGGAUCUGACUGAAAAAAUCCAAACUGAGCCGGUCUUCUUAUCCGGGACCCACCAUGCAGGAAGGUCUCCGUCGGGUACGUCCUGCAGUCCUGGAUCAGGUGACCUUCCCGCACUACAGAAAGAAAUUGCUGACCUGAAGAUUUCCAAUGGUGAGUUGGCAUAUGAAGCCUUCGAGCUAAAGAAACGCAUGCAGGAGAGAGGUGAAUGGCUGACUGAUCAGAGUGAAAAAACUGAGUUGGCAUAUGAAGCCUUCGAGCUAAAGAAACGCAUGCAGGAGAGAGGUGAAUGGCUGACUGAUCAGAGUGAAAACAUGGCCGUCCUCUUAGAGCUGAUGGAGGGGCAUCAGCUGCAGCGACACAUGGCGCGGCAGGUUCUGGAGAAGAAAGAGGUCCAGCUGGUCUGCGCCAACGCCAGCCUGAAGGAGGACUAUGACCGCCUGCUGUCCCGCCGCCUCCUGGUGGAGCAGAAGCUGCACGAAGAGGAGAUCGAGCAGCGGGAAGUGAUCGAGACAAUGACCAAGAAGAAGGCCAUGCAGGCGGAGCAGCAGAACAACCUGAAUGAGAGGCAGGUCUCACGUGCAUUGCAGAGCACCCCGUGUGCGCUGUGUUGGGAACAAAAGCUGCAGGUCCAUCACAAUUCUUGCAAUGAGCAUCAAGGGGGGGAGCUGGCCCCUAAAAAAGUAAUAGAAAGUACUUUGUUGGGUGUUUUUCCUGGAGUGGCUGACCCCGAUGUCGGUCUUCCUCCGAGCAGCAUGGCCGUCCUCUUAGAGCUGAUGGAGGGGCAUCAGCUGCAGCGGCAGCGUCUGGAGAAGAAAGAGGUCCAGCUGGUCUGCGCCAACGCCAGCCUGAAGGAGGACUAUGACCGCCUGCUGUCCCGCCGCCUCCUGGUGGAGCAGAAGCUGCACGAAGAGGAGAUCGAGCAGCGGGAAGUGAUCGAGACAAUGACCAAGAAGAAGGCCAUGCAGGCGGAGCAGCAGAACAACCUGAAUGAGAGGAGGAAGGACGAGCUGUGGAUGCAUUUAGUCAAAAAAGCGUUAAGAAAAACGGUUAGCGCUGAAGGAGACGUGCGGCAGCAUCGCAGUUCCGGCUCGCUGGGUUCCAGCAGUCUGGACGUGUCCGGGAGUUUAGAAGAGGAGACGGCGCAGCCCAGGAAGAUGCGGUCCCGGUCUAUGAUCUCGUUGGGUUCCUCCAGAUUCAUGGGAGCAUUCAAAAGUUUCUUCGAUUUUAAUUUCAGACGCGAUCAGACAGAUUGUGAGAUGGAGGAGCGCUGGUAUAACCCGUCCUCCGUGUGCGUCAUCUGCAGUCCACCCAGGAGAGCGCUGUACAGCAAGGAAAUCCACGAUUCCGAGAUCCACGCCGUCAGAUUCAGCCCCAAUCCCAAAAUGGUGGCCACCGGAGGGGCGGACCGAAUGGUGAAGCUUUGGUAUAUCGCUGGAGGGCAACUUCAGAUCCACCAAAUCCUGCAGGGAAGUAACGGAGGAAUCACAAGUAUCGAAUUCGACCCCUCGGGUCUACAUCUCCUGGCAGCGUCAUUCGAUGGGUCGGCUCAUCUCUGGAAGCUGGACGGCAAAUCCAAUGAAUCUCUGACCGGACACAAAGGGAAAGUGACGGCGGCCAGGUUUAAGAUGUCCGUGCACCGUGCGGUCACCUGCAGCAUGGACCGGACCAUCAGGGAGUGGGACCUGCAGAAAGCAGCCUGUACCCGCUGCAUCCCGGUCUCCUCGUACUGCAGCGACGUUGUUUGUUCUGACAUGUACACCAUCAGCGGCCAUCAUGACAAGAAGAUCCGGUUCUGGGACAGCAGGUCGGAGCAGUGUUUUCGGGAGGUGACCCUGGAGGAGAAGAUCACCUCUCUCAGCCUUAGCCAGGACCAGACGCAGCUGCUCAGCUGUUCACGCGAUGACACUCUCAAUCUGAUCGACAUGCGACGGGGGGAGAUCCUGCAAGUCUUCCGAGCCGAUGCGUUUAAAUGCGGCUGUGACUGGACCAAAGCGAUAUUAAGUACUGCUGUCAAUGCUGUGGCCUGGUCUCUAUCCGGAGAUCAUGUGGUCAGUGUGGACCGAGGGAAAAAAGCCGUUCUCUGGAGUGAAUACUAACCUUCUUCUAAUGUUCUCCACACUACACCGAAGGAAGUAAAAACUGACACAAGACAUUCUUCUGCCCUUCGUAAGAACUGGAAACACCACAAGUGACAAAACCACCACAAGUGCCAAAUACAAUGGAGGAAACGU